UCUCUGGCCUCACACUUCAUGUUGUUACCUCCAGCCUCCAGCAGGGGGCGGGCCGGAAGUCACACAUGUGCCUGUCACCUCGUAUAGAUAGGAGGCAAUGCUGUCCUAUGUAAGAAUACAAUGUUCCCGAUCACCCUGCGCCCCAGUGCGGCUGUAAUACGGAGGGUGUUGUGCAGCAGUAGGUCCCACAGCCAGGACGUGCAUAGUGCGGAGGAGCCGUAUACAGAGGGAGCCGCGGCCGUGUACGUGCACUGGCCGUACUGUGAGAAACGCUGCACUUACUGCAAUUUCAACAAAUACAUUGCUCGUUCUGACAAUGAGGAAACCAUCCGCUCCUGUCUGGUGCAGGAAACACGCACUUUGAUCCAGCUGGGCCAGGUGCACAGGGUACCUUCAGUAUUUUUUGGUGGGGGCACCCCAAGCCUCGCCAGCCCAUCCACCAUAGGUGCUAUUUUGGAGGCGAUAUCUAAGUAUGCAUAUUUACCACAAAAUGCUGAAAUCAGCUUGGAGGCCAAUCCCACAUCAUCCAGGAAGAGCAAACUGCAGAGAUUCCGGGAAGUGGGGGUGAAUCGUCUCUCUAUUGGUGUACAGUCCCUGGAUGAUCAUGACCUCCUGCUCCUUGGAAGGACUCAUACAGCCUCCGAUGCAAAACGCACAGUAGAGGAAGCACGCAACAUCUUCCCUGGUCAAACUUCAGUGGAUGUAAUGUUUGGUCUUCCAGGUCAAAGCCUGGCAUCAUGGCACAACACGUUACACCGGCUGUUGAAUCUGUGUGAUGACCAUGUUUCUCUAUAUCAGCUCACCUUGGAGAGGGGUACUGCCAUGUUUAAAUGGAAGGAGAAAGCACAACUUACUUUUCCUGAUCAAGAACUUACUGCCCAGAUGUAUGAGGAUGCCAGGUGCAUUCUACGACAAGCUGGAUUCCGGCAGUAUGAAGUGUCAAAUUUUGCCAGAAAUGGUGCAGUGAGCAAACACAACCUCUCAUACUGGCUGGGAAAACAGUACAUUGGUAUAGGACCAGGAGCCCAUGGAAGGUUUGUAGUCCACACUAGUCUGGGGAAACAGAGGCAAGCUCGCAUUCAGACGCUGGAACCAGAACCGUGGAUGAAGGAAGUGAUGAGUAAUGGACAUGGUACACGCAAAGUGACUCUUCAGGAUGACUUUGAUAUAUUAUCAGAACUGUUAGUAUUGGGUUUACGGACAGACAUUGGAAUAUCACAUAAGCACUGGCACAAGCUCUGCCAUACAGUCAGCUUACACAGCUUGUUUAAGGCGUCCCCGGAACUGAGGGAUCUACAGAAGAAUCAACUCCUGGUGUUGGAUCAGAAUGGUCUGCGCUGCACUUGGAGGGGGCUCGCGGUGUUGGACAGUCUUCUGCUCCCAAUCUUAAACCAGUUCCAGGAUUCUUGGAAUCAGUCUGAGAACAUGAAAUCUCAUCGGCCACAGACAACUGUGUAGAAACAACAACACUGGAUCCACAGUAUCUAAAAUAUACUGUAUAAACCCGUAAAUGAAUACCGAAUAAAGUUAUUUCAUACAUUUUUUUUUAGCUCGACAAGUCCCUUUAUAUUUAGCAAUACCUUACUUUGGGGCCUUUGUAUGUUCGUAAAGAUAUUGAUUUUAUAGUUCUAAAAGGCCAUCCACAAAUCCAUCAAGUUUUUAUUCUUUUUAUUCUUUCUGUGCUCUAUGGUAAGGAGUUCGUUCAUAAAUCCUCAGUAAAAAGUGCCAAAGUCCCAAAACAGUCAGUACUAUGGGGUUAACUUAGAAUUCUAUUAGAUGCCUUAAGGGGUACUCCGGUGAAAACCUUUUUUCUAUAAAA